AUGGUCCUAUAUAAGGGAAAUCAGAGCUCUGUGACCACAUUCAUCUUGGUGAGCUUCUCAGACUAUCCACACCUCCAGGCUCCUCUCUUCCUGGUGUUCUUGACCAUCUACACAGUCACACUAGUAGGAAAUUUGGGCUUAAUUGUGGUCACAAAGAUAAGUUCCAAACUUCAUACACCCAUGUACUUUUUCCUUAGCCAUCUGUCCUUUUUAGAUAUCUGUUACUCCACUACACUUACACCUAAAUUGUUAGAGACCUUAAUCUCAGAAGACAGAACUAUCUCUUUCAAAGGAUGCAUGAUACAGUUUUUCUUUGCCUGUACAUAUGUGAUUACAGAAAUGUUCAUGUUAGCAGUGAUGGCCUAUGAUCGGUUUGUGGCUGUCUGUAACCCCUUGCUCUAUACAGUUGUGAUGUCUCACAAGCUCUGUGCUCUCCUGGUAGCUGGGUCUUAUUUAUGGGGUGCACUCUGUUCCUUGAUUGUCACGUGUUCUCUUUUAGAGCAAUCCUACUGUGGACCUAACAUUAUCAAUCACUUUGGCUGCGAGUACUCCGUUGUACUCUCUCUAUCCUGUUCUGACCCCUACUUCAGUCUGAUGGCUUCUUUAGUCAUUUCUGCCUUCAACGAGGCUUGCAGCCUCCUCAUCAUCCUGGCCUCCUAUGUCUUCAUAAUCAUCACUAUCAUCAGGAUGCCCUCUACAGGUGGACUCCGUAAAGUCUUCUCUACUUGCUCCUCUCAUCUGACGGCUAUCUCCAUCUUUCAUGGGAUCAUCCUCCUUCUCUACUGUGUGCCCAACUCUGCACGCUCACUGCUUCUUAUCAAAGUGGCCACCGUGUUUUACACCAUCAUUAUCCCCAUGCUGAAUCCCCUCAUCUACAGCCUUAGAAACAAAGAUGUGAAGGAGACAGUCAAGGAGUUAAUCAACUCCAAACUACAUUCUCAUUCUAUAUAA